AUGCACGACGUGCGACAAAGACCAAAGCACAUAAGAAAGCUGGCGGGUGUGGGCGUGGCCGCGGUAGGUGCAUCCGUUGCAGUCUAUUUCUUCUCCAGAAGGAUCACAGCAUGCGGGUUUGGUGGCGCCACCGAUGGCAACCCCAUCCCAGGGGUCAGAACUUCUGGUGCAUUCCAGAACGCACACAAAGCGCCAAACAAUUGGUUGGAGGCUUUGUUUUUCUUCGCAGAAGCCCUGAGAUUUAUGUAUGGCGAAACCCUGGGAAAGUGGCGCACUGCCGAUCUUUUGAUUGGUCUGGCAUACCUGGCCCAGAGGGGCACAGAGGAACACCCAGCUUCUGAUAUUGCUGAGCAUGGCGAGAUAGUUGGCCUCGGGCUAUCGCAAGAUGAACGCUCGAGCCUCGUGGUUGAGCUGCGGACGGUGCAGAGAUACAUGCGAUACUGCAGAGCCCUGCGAGAGAGACACGCCUCUGCGCAGGCCGCUGUGCUGCGCGGAAUGGGCAUCGAGGCAAAGGACAUUCGGGUGCAGGUCCCCAUGGCACGCAUGCUGAAGCCCAGCUAUGCCAUUGUGUGCGACCGCCAGCUGAAGACCGUUGUUCUAGCCGUCCGGGGCACACACUCUCUCAAGGACAUGUUCACGAGUUUGACGGGCGCCAGCAAGCCACACCACAUCGUGGACGGCGCCGGCGUGGUACUGGGAUAUGCGCAUUUUGGGAUGCUGGCGGGGGCGCGGUGGCUGAUGCAUGAAACCGCGCAGCCGCUGCGCGAUGCUCUGGCGGAAAAUCCGGGCUACUGCUGCAAGAUAGUGGGCCACUCCCUCGGCGGUGGCACCGCAGCUAUGCUCACCAUGAUGCUGCGAGAUGCUGCGCCGGAGUUUGCAGAUGCCACCUGCCUGGCCAUCGCCUGCCCGGCAUGCAUGACCGUGGAGCUGGCGCGCUCAUGCGCCGGCUACGUCACGACAGUCAUCAACAGCACCGACAUAGUGCCCACCAUCUCACGAGGUGCAGCAGAUGCCUUGCGGGAGGAUGUGGUACGGAGCGCCUGGUAUGAGGCGUUCCGGGCUGACAUGCGCAGCAACCUCAUUGUGCGCGCUGUGGAGAGCAGCAUCACUGGCGUCGGCUCUGCCACUGUGUGGACCACGUCCUGCUACCAAAGGAGGUCGCCAGCAAAGCGAAGAUCCAGUGAGGCGGUCGAGAGCGUGGAGCGUGCUGGUGUGGAUACAGACAUGGUUGGCAGCGGUACAUUGUCUGGGGCCUCUGCCCGAGACAGCAUGGCAGAUGUGGAGUUCGCAAGGAAUUGGAUCCCUAAAGAUCUCCAGGAGCUGGACAUGGGGGCGAGCUCGGGCUCCUUCAGUGAGGAGGACGGUCCGCGGCGCUCACAGCUUCCCAGCGAGCAGGAGCUGCUGGAGGGCAUGCAGGCAGUGCAGGCCGCCGUGGAAGCCGCAGAGCAGGAGGACGGCAUCCUGGGCUCCCCGACACCUGUUCUGCGCCGCCCGGACCGGCCGGCCAACUCAGGUGUCUUCACUGGGGUGGCAGGCCAGGACACAGCGUUUGGCAUGGAGGCUCCUGAUUGGGAUAGCGCUCAGGCAGAGCACUCAGAGGAGCAGUGGAAGCGGAUGACCUACCCAGCAGGCCGCAUCCUGCACCUAGUGCCGGCUCGACUGGGCAACACGUGGCAGACUCCACAUGCCACCUUUGAGCAGCAGACCUUGCACACGUCCAUGGCUGGUGUGGAUGGCAGCCUGGUCAUGGUGGGGGAGGCCGUGACCACCGAAGCAGAGGAGCUGGAUAUGCCGCAGAAGAAGGAGAUAUAUGUGCUGCUUGAGAAUGUUCCUCAGGAGGCAUACUCUCGAGUAAAGUUGUGCAAUAGCAUGGUUGCUGACCAUUUCAUCCCCGCGUACCUGGCGUCAAUGGAUGCUGUCAUUGAAGGGCUGCAAGGAAACCAUUGAAUGAAUGGCAGCAAAGUUGACUUAGUUGAGUUGCAGAAUCCCAAAGCCAUUGUUGCAAGGAUGCCCUCUGUAUAUUUCUAGUUAGUUUAAAGUCCCUUGUAUAUAUUUCAAAGCUAUUCAGUUUCUAGAAGAUCUUGUCGUUGUUGAGUUUCAAGAUUGCUUUUCAGCCACACCAUUCCUGUACCUAAGAACACAUCUUAGAAGUCAUCUGUAACAACAUUUGUUCCUCCAAUAUCACAUAGAUGUGCAUGCCCAUAACCAUCACGUGCACAUCAUGUGCUUGAGCUUUGUCAGCUAUCAUACUGCUGCCGCAAGACCAUUUCUGCUUCUGUCUUCCAGCUGCCAAUGGCACUCUGUCCCAUCUGCCUCUUGCUCUUCUCCUUGUCCUUUCUGUCUUGCCGCCUGCGCGGCAGCUGCGCCCCUCCGACUCCCUUGUCCAUAAAGUCUGACACGCCCAUCGCCUUGGUGGGCCCCUUCCUGCCCUGCUUCCCAUCGUCCUGCCCACCAGGCAGGGCAGGACCAAUGCUUGCUGGAGCAUCGGCUUCAUCUGCACUCGGCCGCCACUGCCCUCCCAGCAUGGCGAUCUGUGCUGCUGUGGCCAUGCCGCCCUCGGCUCCAUCCUCCGUCUUGUAGCGCUUUGCAGCUGAAGACACCACCGCGCCCGCCGGCAGGCCGCGCUUGCUGGCGUCCGUCUGUCCUUUGAGCGGCGGUGCCAUCCGAGCAAUGUCCCAGGUGCUGGGACCGACAUCCUUAUCUCUCUGCAAGUCCUCCUCUCGGGGUGGCACAGCCUGCGCUGGCCUAUUGCGAUGCACCGGCGCUGCCAGAGGUCGUGUGGCCUCCGGGGUCAAAUAGGACGGCGCCUGCCUGAUCUGCCCCAGUGCUGAUAAGGGAUCCGGAAGAUCCUUGGCAGGUCCCGUGGAGACCUCAUCAGCAUCCUUGAGCCUUCUCUCCGCUUCUAACCGCCGUGCUGUGGCGCUAUCGAUACUUUCAUCAUCCGAUCCCACAAAGUAGCUGUCUUCUGACGUAUCUCCUGCUUUGUCCGUGUCAUCGCCGCUACUGGCAUACGCAACCAGAGCCUCCGUCAUAAUUUUACGUUCGAAGGGUAUCCAAUCAUGACAUUAGACUUGUACAGCAACGUUCAGAUCACCACGACGUAUGUGCAGAGAAAUUGCAGAAGUAUCUGCUGGACAACAAAGAGUUAUAGGCCAGCUGUGUGCUGCAUCCCACUUAGAAAAUAAAAAAUGCGCAGAAAAUG